AUGGUUUGGCGACUUCUUCGUGACAGACUUCCCAAUAAAGACAACUUGGUGAGGCGUCGUGUUCUUCCUAUUGGUGGUGCGGCUUGUGUAUCAGGUUGUGGGCAAUUGGAAACAGCAUCUCAAUUGUUUGUAUCUUGUAACAUUUUUGGUUCUCUUUGGUUUCAUGUAUGGUAUUGGCUGGGUAUUGAUUUUGUUCCUUCAGGUGAUCUUCGUCAACAUUUUAUUCAGUUUACUAAGAUGGCGGGGUUGCCUAGAUCAACUCAUUUGUAUUUCAGGAUUAUUUUGUUUGCCUCUGUUUGGGUUCUUUGGAAUGAAAGGAAUGAUCGUGUAUUCCAAAAUACAGAUUCCGAUCUUUCAACCCUUUUGGCAAAGGUUAAACUAAACUCUUUCUUAUGGGUGAAGUCAAAACAGGGACUUUUUAGCUACAGUUACUAUGACUGGUGGAACCAUCCUCUCCUUUGUAUGGGUGUCCACUUGUAUUAG